GAGAGAAAGGUUAUAUGAGGCGUUCUGACGUUAUACGAACGCGACGUUUGUUUUUGUUUUUCUUAUUUGACAUCGAUUGUCAAUUUGUCCUCACUUUUAACCUUUUUUUUCCUGGUUAAACUAGAUUUGUGUGAAAGUAAAGUAGUCGUGCCUGAUGCCGCCAUUUUAAAACAGUCGACGCGGCGUUCAGCAGAAGAAAUCUGAAAAGACGAGUUUUAAAAAUGGAUGUUAAUGUCAAACAGCGGUUAUAUACAAUAACACACGCUGAUUGGUGUGCGGGAAAUGAAGUGAUCCAGGACAACUUGGGAUGUUAAGAGACACUUUAAAUGAUAAAAACGUGCUGAUUUUCUUCAGAAACGUGUUUUUUUUCCACCGAGGUGGACUGGUAUGUUGGAGAUUGUGCAGAGUCAGCGGGGUGUGUGUGUGAAGGAGUGAGUGCAUCAGCUGCAGUUGGUCUGUUCAGUCCCUGGCCACACACCACACCACACCACACCGAUUAACAGCCUGGAAAGGAUUUAAAAAAUAAAAUCUUUUCCCAUCACUCCAAUCUUGCACCAGAAGGAGCCACCCUUUCUGCCCUUCACCUUCAUCAUCUAAACCUUUUUCACAUGUUUGCAGGAUUUGCCCCAUGAGGAAAAGAUCACAUGUCUGAGAUUCUAUGCCACACUCCGUCUAUUUCCGAUUAGAUUCUGUGGAAUCUUUAAUCGACGUCCUUCCAUAUAUGUUUUAUCUCGGCCUGUUCUUUGUAAACGUCCUCAUCCUCUACUAUGCCUUUCUGAUGGAAUACAUAGUGCUUAAUGUGGGAAUUGUGUUCCUGCCCGAGGACAUGGACCAGGCACUGGUGGAUCUGGGUGUCCUCUCUGACCCGGCGUGUCCGUAUGAGACAGACACAGAGUUCGAUGUGUUUGAGGGAUAUCUGGAAUAGGUCGUGUGGCUGGAACAUGGCUCGAGUUAUAAGCUAUAUAAGUCGGGUGUGUGUGGUGGGAAGAAGGGAUUGUGGGUAACACAGCCGAGGACUGGAGUGAUGAUGAUGAUGAUGAUGAUGAUGAUGAAUGGAAAUCAUGAUUAUGAUCGCUGUAGCUGUGAGGGAAAA